CAGCUAGCUGGUGGUAUCAGCCAAACUUAUGGACGGGGACGGAUGUACCGUUAUCUGAAAGUGUUACGCGGGUUCACUAACCUACUUACCUGUUGAUCCUCAUUCUGUAGGGGCCGGCCUAGCAACAGGAAUCAGUACAUUUUAUUGUUUUCUAGAUAUUUUCUGUAGUAUCUAAGAUGGCUAAGAAAAGUAUGCUUCUAACCUAUUUGUUGUGGCUAGUUGGUGGUGUUUUUGGUUUACAUCAUUUUUAUUUGGGAAGAGAUAUUCAAGCUUUUCUUUGGUGGUGUACAUUAGGAGGUUAUUUCGGUUUUGGAUGGCUGAGAGACAUUUUUUACAUCCCAUCUUAUGUUGCAGCCGCAAAUCAAGAACCAGAAUUUGUAAACAAGUUUGUUUCUUCAUUAAAAUCGAAUCCCAAGCCUCCGUUUUCCUCAUUUCGAUUCUGCGGAAUGGUAAUGAUGGGCUACUUCUGGGGAUCUGUCAUCGGCAUGUCUAUACCAGAAGAUGAUGUUGUUGGUUAUAGUCUGAAGUGGUUAGAAAUCUUUACUCCAUUGGCUAUUGCUCUUGGAGUGUGGGCGGUUGGCAACAUUGGUAACGAGGAGGGUUCUGUGUGGUGGCCGCUGGCAGCUGCUUACGCACUCUACCCCCUCUACUGGCAAAACAACACUGAUCUCUCGUUCACCACGAUGGUCAUCAUGUCAGCCUUCGCGUUUGACGUCAAAGCCAAAAAGUGGAGAAGAAGAGUAAAGGCACCAAAGAGUUUACCAAAACGAUUGACCAUUCUGCUGAUCUGCGGGCUGAUAUACUUCUCUCUGUGGGGAAGCUACUUCUACUUCAAUGCCAAACUUCAUGACUCUGAUGGAGAAGAGGUUCCAGUGCGAGAAGCCAUUUACCACUUUUUCCGCUCACCGUGGUGGGCAGAUUUCAAGACUUCCUUGUACAACACAUGGCAGUUUGCCAAACACAAUGGUUGGAUGGCCACAUGGAACCUCAUCAUAGACUUGGGCGAUCCGUACGGGGAAACCAACGCAUUCCAGGUACUAAACUUAUCAUCCAGCGCCAACCAGACGGAAAUCAACACAACUUGUAGAAUGCUGAAGGUUAAGUUUCAUCCAGACAAAGUGAAAGAUCCGGCAGACAAACAAGCAGCGCAGGAAAAGUUUUACGAAGUCCAACAAGCUUGCGAGACGCUGUCCAAGAGUGAGGCGAGACGCAAGCGUCGCAAUAAGAAGUCUGAACUGUAUAUCUUAAGCCGGCUCCAGAUUUGUGCCAUUCGCCAAGCACCGAACAGCGACUUGAAUCGCAAACGAUUGACUAUUCUGCUGAUCUGCGGUCUGAUAUACUUCUCUCUGUGGGGAAGCUACUUCUACUUCAAUGCCAAACUUCAUGACUCUGAUGGAGAAGAGGUUCCAGUGCGAGAAGCCAUUUACCACUUUUUCCGCUCACCGUGGUGGGCAGAUUUCAAGACUUCCUUGUACAACACAUGGCAGUUUGCCAAACACAAUGGUUGGAUGGCCACAUGGAACCUCAUCAUAGACUUGGGCGAUCCGUACGGGGAAACCAACGCAUUCCAGGUACUAAACUUAUCAUCCAGCGCCAACCAGACGGAAAUCAACACAACUUGUAGAAUGCUGAAGGUUAAGUUUCAUCCAGACAAAGUGAAAGAUCCGGCAGACAAACAAGCAGCGCAGGAAAAGUUUUACGAAGUCCAACAAGCUUGCGAGACGCUGUCCAAGAGUGAGGCGAGACGCAAGCGUCGCAAUAAGAAGUCUGAACUGUGAACGACUUAAAAACACUUGUAACUAAAUCUAUUUUUAUACUAUUGAAUACUGUAUUUGAAAUUGACAUUUUGACAAUACAAACUGGAUUUGAUGUGAUGCUUAUAUCUAGGUUGUGAUUUGGUUUUUUUAGUUAAAUUUUACUCUUAGACAUUUUGUGUUUUGUUUUUGGCUUUGCUUUUAAUGUACUGUUUGCCGUCCGCUUAUGCAUCACUAUCAAAGCAGAUAGAUUUGUGUUUUUGUUUAAAUUGACUUUGUAUUAACCUAUGCAAAAUCAUUUGUUCUGUAUAUCUUAAAGAGAAUUUUACUGUUAACCCUACAUUCCAAAUCCAAAUACAAAGAUACAUUCCAGUUAUAAUAUAUUCUUUAUGAAACAGAAUUUGGUACAUGUUAUCAUGAUAAAAUGUAAAUGUUUCUAUUCACACUAAAUAAAUAGUUAGUUAAAAGUAUACUAAUUAGAAUUUAAAAAAUAGUUACAUCUUGUACAAAUUGAUUUGGUUAUCACUCUUUUAAUUGUACUUAACUUGCUCUUGAGUACAAUUCACAAUUUCUUUCCAAAACUAGUAACUAUAACAAGCACAAAGAAUAAUUAAGAAAU